GGCUUGUUUCUUAACCCACUCGGCUCUCAGACUCUGAGCUUCAUUAAUGACAUCCCAGGUCACCGAGCGGCCUCGAAGGUUACUGCCGAUCCCCUCAUCGCUCACCACCAUGAUCCUGUACCUGCUCGUCCCCGUUCUUAUCCUCGCAGGAGGUAAUGUGGAAUCACAAACAGCCAACAGGACAGAGGAAGAGCUGAGCAAAGUUGAGGGGAACCAAACACUCAGAGAGCCCCCUGCUAACAACAGUGCAUUGAAACCAGACAACAUGACAAGUCUGUACAAAGAUGAAAAAGGUCUAAUUGAGGAUGAACUGCAAAACAACCAAACGUCUGGUGUUAUCACAGAGGAUGAUGAGAGGUUUCAGGACCAGGAAAAGGAGUUUGCAACACUUUGCAAUGUGGACAUGCUGGAAGAGUACAGCCACCUCAUUUGUGGUGAAGUUUUUCACGCUGAAAUGACAUUAAUCAGCACAGAAAACUGGUGUGUGCUGCGAGAUGUAAUCAGACCAUACAACAACAUGACGGUAUGCCUUGAGAGGCUGUCUAAUCUGAUCGGCUGUUAUUACCCAAAUCCCACCAUUCAGGACUUCUUCCUCAACAUCCACUCUAAGUACUUCCUCAACUGCUCCAAAGAGGAGGAUCUGCUUGUGGAUGCACCUCAAGGGAUGGUGAUCGCCCUCACUCUCAUCCCUGUCAGCCUUAUCCCCUUACUGGUAUAUGUGGUGGUUUGGAAAAGUAAUGUCCAAGAGUGAGUUGUGUUAGACCUGCAAUAAGCCUCAGCUCACAGUACAGGUUAUAUAUGUGAGAAUAUGCUUCAGAAGCUGCUGAUUAUAUUGUAUAAUACUCCAGUCUGGUAGGAAAUUAAAAGGAGGGUAAGUUAUAAAUGAAGACAAAAACCAUAUAUCUGAAAGAUCUCUAUUGUCUAAAAUGAUUGUACGCUGAAUCAUCAAUGUUGUUUAUCGGUGGAACUACAGGGCUUCAGGAUGUGAACACAGUCUAACGGGGUGAAUCAGAGCUUUAACCUCAGACACAGUGUUUUUAAACUUGGUAUGCUGGAGUAGAGCAAAAACAGGAAGAAAUCCAUCAGUGUCCGAAUACUUUCUGACCAUACAAUGUUCUAUAUAUAUCGCACACAGGCUAGCUGAAUCACAUCUCUUGACGCGUUUGUACCUCGCAUAUCUUGUGUUUGUUUUAUUGUUGGCAAACAUAAUUAUAGAUUAUAUGAAUUCUU